AUGGACUCAUUAUUUGAGAAGCCGAAUUGUAAAAAAGUCAAACUAUGGGGAGAUGCCAGUGUAAAGUUGAAAAAAGAAGGUGUCAACGUAGGAGCAGUGGAAUGUGAUCGGAAGUGGCAAAAUUUAAUAUUAACUUAUAGGAGGAGGAAAGACCAGAUGAGAAAAUCUGGAAGUGGUCGACUUUCUUUUUGGGAAUUCCAUGAAGAUUUCGACCACUUCUUUGGUUUAAAAGCCAACGUUAGUCCUCCUCCUGAAACACUAUUAGCUUCAACUUUUGAAAAAAGAGCAGUACCAGCACCACCACUUUCAUCACCACCACCAUCACCUCCAUCACCAUCACCUCCAUCGUCAUCAUCGUCAUCACCACCACCUCCUCCUCCUCCUCCUCCUCCUCCUCCGUCGUCGUCCUCAUCACCACCACGAAAGAAAAAAAAUCAUCAUCUGAGCCUCCAGAGUGGUUUUUAA